UCGCCACUCGGGCGGUGAGCGAUCGGCAGUCGAGCGAUAUGGCGGCCACCGCACUGGCAGUCCGCACGCUGCUCGCCAUGGCCGCAGCGGUCGUCACCGCGCAGCCGACCGGCGCCUGGGUAUGGCGAAGCUUCGCCGACAGCGGCCGCUACGAUCGCAAGUUUCUGUUCCACGGGUUCCCGCCCAUACUGUGCGGCGGCGAGGACGCCUUCUGGACGUCGCCGUGGAGUGGGCCGGCAGAGGUCCGAGUACGGCUGCCCAGCGUCCACGAGGAGUACUGCAAGGUGUCGCUGCCGCGUGGCCGCCUGCAGAGGACGCCCGUGGGCCGCCUGCUGCGAGAGCUGUCGCUGCGACACGGACUUCCGUCGCCGGUCAAGUAUGACGGCGAGGAUGGGGGCCUCGUCUACCGCAUGGACUGGCCCGACUUCGACUGCGUCGACCGCACCAACAUCUCAGAGACCGUCUUCGACUUCGUCAUCGUCGAGGAGGCCGGAGGAACGCGUUCCCGGUGCAACUUCGUCCUCCCGCUGUUCCGACCGCUCCCUCUGCUCGAGGAGUCAGCUGAGAGUGAGGGAGAAGAGGAGGAGGGGGAGAGGGAGGAGGACUCUGGCGAGGCGCCGGCGCCGGCGUCGCCCCCGCCGCCCCCCUCGCCCGGCCGCCCCCCGCACACGGGGGCGCUGGUGGUGGGGCUGCGCGGCCUGCCGGACGCGGUGUGCCGCCCCCUGGAGGAGCCGGCCCCCCAGCAGGGCGACGCCGACUUCUUCGAGCCCGCGUUCCGCGCCCACCGCCUCGCAGACGUGCCGCUCGUCUGCCAGUUCCGCCUCGACUGGGACGCGUGGCUGCGCGGCGUCUCCACGCACGCCCUGCUCGACGCACUCGCCCGCCACGUCGACGUCACCGUCAGCGACUACGACCCGUCCGGCUGGAGCCCUCCCGAUGUGUCCUUUCCGUACGUGGGCUGCGAUUCCAGAGAAGAGCUGCCUCCGGAACGGUACGAGUUCUCAGUGACGGGCCCCAGCGGGCGCACAGCCACCUGCUGGUUCGUGCCCAACCAGGAGACCCGCGGAUCCUGCUACAGGGAGCAGCUGGACGCCGCCUGCUCGCCGGGAUUCCGCUUCCUCAGCGACGGCCGCUGCUGCGACGAACCGACCUAGAACGCGUUCGAUACGCCCCCUCUGUACCUGGACACUGUGCUCUGCCCUCAUACUCGUCUGAAAUACGUCACGAACACAGGUCUAUUUAUUCCAUGGGGCUUCGCGCUUGCAGCCUGGUGACGUCAACUUGCCACGAUAUUUCGGUUGACAACCAUUCAGCCAUCUUCAAGUGAAUUUUACAGUAGAGACUGAUGGUGCAUGUCGCUGACUCUAUGACGAAAAUCGACGCAAUACCGCACGCACGAACUGCUGGCAUGUAGAGUUAAGGUUCAGUUAUCAAAAUUCUAAAACUAACAGUCGCUCGACGCGUCAGAGUGAAUCUUUGUCUUUCUGAAAAUAUCCGAAGCCUUAGCAAGUUGAAAUUCGCCAGCAAUAUUAUUAAGAUCUUCCACCAACCGUAUUUCCAUACCGACUCCUUAAUAACUUAAACCCAGAAGUAUUUCGUCGUGGCCAAGACUUUUGUAACAGAAUAAUUUAUAGAACGUACUAUAAAUCUUGUCCACGAGAUCGUUCAGAGAUUCAGUUAUCAAGGAAUCUGUAGAAAUACGUUUGCUGGAAGACCUUAUCAAUCGUGAUGGCUGCUUUAACGUGGUAAGACUUGGGACCCGGUGAUUCCUCCGAUCAGAAAGACAAAAUUUCACGCCUAAUGACACGUCAAGCGAGAGUUAAUUUUAUUAUUUUGGCAACUGAAUUUCAACUCUGGAGACCAGAAAUUCGACAGAGGGAGUGACAUUGACCACCAUUCCGCAGGUGUUUCCGCUCUCCAUAUGGAGCAAUAUUCGAGAGAGGGCGCUAAAUUCGGCAAAAGGCUGUUAAGCAGAGAAAACCUACGCUCGUAUACCACUCUUUAGCAUAAAUUCAGCGACGCGCACCAGCAGUCUCCAGUGCAAAAUUCACCUGAAGAUGGCAGAACGUUUGUGAGCCGAAAUAUAGUGGCAAGUUGUCGAAGUCAUCCGGCUGCAAGCCCGAAAUCGUAAGGAAUGUGCAUCACGCCUGGAAAACCUCAACAAUCACAAAGCUGUAUGUGUUUUUACAUUGUAUCGGUUUUGAAUUUUUUUGGAGAGUGACUGCUGUUGCUAUGAUACUGUGACUGACAGCUAUAUAGGCGGUGAAAGAAGCGUCACCAAAGCGCCCACAUUGCACAAAAUCUGUAAUUUACCCUAUGUCGCUAAAAGGCAACGCUGUGGACAUUUGCAGAUAGGAAACAGUGGUGACAUCAAUCGUUAAAUCCGUCUGACACGUUGUAUGAUCCGCCCAAGUUUGCUAGGUGGUUCAUGCAACACCACGUUAACCUCCCAAAUGGGUAAACUAGACUCAAACUGUAGCUCAGUAAAAUGAUCUGUGAUAUACAGCACUUCAAGUUUGAGGACUUAUCGUUUGGCUAAUAACGGAAGCACCACGAUACAACAUGACUUGUCAUGUUUUUAUCAGUACUUUUUCGUCACUCUAUUCGACAUCAAGUUCCACUAAACAGCUGCCUAAGAACAAAGUAACUCUUCUAGGAAUAUUCACAUGAAGCACGUUGGAUAGAGUGAUUCUAACAUUGAAAACGAAAGCUUACCAAGCCAAGAAAACCGUCCGUGGAAGUUCCCACAAGAGAACUCGAUACAUCAAUUAAAGGACUAAUUCUUUCUUUGCUCCACAGUGGAGGUACCUGCGGUAACUAAAAGGCACUUUCAGGUAAUGUUCCCGUCGAGCUUCUCCCUAACGUGGUCACACUCUUGCGGUGAGGCAGCGCCUUCCAGGCUGUGUCGUCAGGCGCCCACAGGACUCCUGUUCGGCCGUUGCAGGUAGCAUUCAGACAACCCUGCAAGAGAAAUAGCACCGGAGCAAUCACGGGUGAAACUUCCUGCAAGGAAGCAGCGUAGCUGUCGAUUGACCCUGCUUAGUAGCUCUCGCGCAAGACAGCGAGUAACCCUCCAGAGAAUCUGACUCCGUGAGCGAUAGGCUUUAUUCACCUCUGCCCGAUUUGUUGAACUGUCAGUUACGUAACAGUCCUAAUUCUCCUGUAGUAAGGUAUAUGGUGUUGGCAUCACUCGGCUAAGUGUGAACUAUUCCUGCUGUGCUUCCUCUGAGGAGGGCAAGGAAAGCAUUGUAGACAUACAUAAAAUUGGUGCUUAUCUGUUGAAAUGCAACAAAAUACUUAAUUACCUUCUCAUAUAAUCAAGUACAUCGUAUCGGUAAAAUUCUGUGUCGUCAUAGUUCAUCAUUUUAAGUUGUACACAAAUUAAUAAUUUAAAACUAAUUAAUGUAUUGUGAUGUUAAGUAAUAACAGGGUGAUUUUAUACAUAAA